AUGCGCGCCAGCUUGAUCCUGCGCCGGCGCAUCCAACCCUCGGCCAAAUCCCUCGCCUCCCUCGGACGCGCACAGAUCGUUCGCUCAUACGGCCAUCUUCCCCGAUCCCAUCUCAUUCCCUCCUACCCCGCGCAGCACGAACAGAGAACGGCCUCGUCCUUCUGGAUCUCAAUCUCCCUACUUGCUGUUGGUGGAGGUGCUUGGGCCCAUAAUUACUUCACGUCUAACGACUCACCAUCAUCCGCACAUACCCGGUCCCCGCCGCAAGAACCCUUCCUCGGUGUCAUCGAUACCCUCAAAGCCAUGCCUAUCGAGCCAGCUCCAGGCACCGUCGGGACCCUGACCCCAGAACAGGAGGCCAAACUACAAGAAUUCUGGGUCCUGACGUUGAAGGUCUUCGGUGUCGACAUCCAGGCCCUUGAAGCCGAGGCCAAGGACAAGGAGAGCGCCGACGCCGCUUCAGCCAGUGCUUCGAAGAAAGACAAGUCCUCAAAACGCCGAUGGGGGCUCUGGAGUCGUAGCAACGACGACGGCGACGACGAUUCCAAAAGCGUCUCCUCCGCGAGCGGAAUCACCGCCAGCCUUGCCUCGAUCAACGUCUCCGACACCAGCGAUGACAAGUACGGCCAAUCCAAGGAAUUCCAGCAGGCCCUGGUCGACAUGUCCCCCGAGGAGAUCCGUUCAGCGUUCUGGAACAUGGUCAAGCAGGAUCACCCGGACGGACUCCUACUCCGGUUCCUGCGCGCGCGCAAGUGGGACGUCAAGAAGGCAUUGGUCAUGAUGAUUUCCACUAUGCGCUGGCGCUUACAGGAUGUCCACGUGGACGACGACAUCAUGGCCAAUGGCGAAGCAACGGCUGUGAAGAUGUCGCAGAGCUCGGACACGGCGGAGAAGAAGAAGGGCGAGGACUUCUUGUUUCAAAUGCGCAAGGGUAAGAGCUUCUUGCACGGUGUGGAUAAAUUUGGACGUCCCAUUUGCGUCGUGCGUGUGCGUCUGCACCAUGCUUCGGAUCAAGAGGUUGAGGCUUUGGAGCGCUUUACCGUGUAUACCAUUGAGACUGCCCGUCUGCUGUUAGCGCCUCCGGUUGAAACUGCUACCAUUAUUUUUGAUAUGACCGACUUCGGAAUGGCCAAUAUGGACUAUACCCCUGUGAAAUUCAUGAUCAAGUGCUUUGAAGCCAACUACCCCGAAUCCCUGGGGGCUGUUCUCAUUCACAAGGCUCCUUGGGUUUUCUCCAGUAUUUGGAGCAUCAUCAAGGGCUGGCUCGACCCCGUCGUGGCUGCCAAGAUCAACUUUACCAAGAACCGCGAAGACCUAGAAGCCUUCAUCCCGCCCAACCAAAUUAUGAAAGAGCUAGAGGGCGGCGAAGACUGGGAAUACAAAUAUGUCGAACCCGUGGCGGGCGAAAACAGCAAGAUGGAAGAUACGGAGACUCGCGAUAAGCUGAUCUCCGAGCGUCAGGAACUCGCCAAGGACAUUCAAAAGUCUACGAUUGAAUGGAUCCAGGCUAGCUUCAAGCAUGAGAAGGAGGCUGCUACUGCCGCUAAAGAAAAGCGUGAUGGCCAGAUUGAGCAUCUUCGCAAACAGUACUGGGAGCUCGACCCUUAUAUUCGAACUCGCUCGCUAUACGACAGACUUAACAUUGUUCAAGGGCACGGCAAGAUCGAGUUCUAUCCCAAUGCGGAGAAGAAGGUCGAGCCCAAGGAAGAAACUCCUGCCAGUGAGGCAACCGCAUAG